AUGGGCAAAUCCGAUAUCCAGUCAUGGCUAGCUGCUACUUCAGACGCUGCCGGUGAUGUGGACCUGAAUGGAGACGCAAGCAGCGGUGGGCAAUGGAGGAGGGAUUACGUUGUUACGGAUUGGCCAAAAGCUCUGGAGGUGGCACGGACUCGUCUCCUCACCAGCAGUACGAAAGCCCGUACACAGUUUUUGAAAGAAGAGCUCUUGGUGUUAGCCAAACACGGAGAUAUGACUUUGUCGCAAACACUCGACAUAUUCAAGCUCCUGACUCUGACAUACUCGCGGUAUGUCGAUGCGCCUUCCCGAGAGGCGGUCGAGGCAGUCGGAGCAGAGCUUGUAAAGAGGGAUGAGAUCCGUGGCAAGCCGGAGGGAGAGCUGGACGAGAAGCCGAUGGGGGUGACGGAGCAGAUAGUCGGCUGGCUUGCCCACGAAGUUGGGCACAUCUCAAAGCUGUCGAGCUCUCAUGCUGCAUCCGACAUGUUUGCGCUGCUCGGAUGGUGUUGCGGCAUCUACACUGUUUGUCUCUCCUGCGAUGACAACUUCCCGUCCAAGUCGGCAUGGGAGCCUCUCAUUGGCGUUAUAGCCACCCUCAUCGACAUGAUUCUUGACAAGUCGACUCGCAGCAAGGCCCCCAUCCAGAAGGGCGCGCUUACUCGUGUGCGGCGGGCAUUGCGAUCGCACCCGAAGGCGAUCGUCAACGUCAUGAAGACAUUGAUAUCAAAGCCGAAGACGAGUCCGAGCCCGCUGUCUACGGUUCCGCUGCUCGGCAUCUGCGUGGAUGUGAAAACUCGUCUGAAGAACGUCAAGGACGAGACUUUGAGAACUCUGGACCCUGCUCUAAAGACGGAUAUCUUGGACUUUUAUGGAAGCAACGUCUUGAUGUCGAAGACACCCGUUUCUCCUCACACAGCGGCCGCAUUGCACGACUUCAUUUCGACAUUCGUGGAUGCAGAAGACUUCAACACAUCAGUCCUUCCGACGGUGGACAAGGCACUUUUGCGCUCGCCGGAGAUAUCGCUAGCUGUCGUGAACAGCUUCGUCGGCGCAUACUCGCACCCCAUAGAAGGUGAUUCGUUCCACAGAUUACUGACACCCGUUCUGAACAGUGCCAAGUCGAGUAACGCGAAUGUCCGGUCGAACGCUACGCUGCUCUUCAAGAUCGUCAUAGAGAAAACGCCACAACCGUCGGAUGUCGAUCUCGCAGUGAAGGAACUGCUCGUGCUGCCGAAAGCCAGCAAGACUGCAGGCCCUGACCAUCGCGUCGCUCUCUAUACUAUGCUUGGCUAUGUGGAGCCUUCCCCGACUGUCUCAGCCGCAAUACUCGAGACUGGAUUGCCAUUGCUGGCGAAAGAGACUCAUGACGCGGCGGUGUCUGCGCUCUCGUCUUCGUUGACGCCCCAUCUAGGAUACUGUCUGCGCGAGGAUGUCGCCGUUCCUCCUGAUGCAACGUCGGUACUCGUGAAGGAGAUGAAUAGUUCAAAACCGGUCAUUCGACGAGCGUUCUGUGUUCUGGUAGCAAGUGCAUUCUGGGAUCUGCAGAGUCUGCCGACCACAACGUCCGAAUCUCUCGGUCGUGCCCUACUACCUGCUUUCGAGACAAAUCUCAAGACCGUAGCGUCAGGGCCUCUGACGGCUGCUGCCGGACCUCUUGAAGGGUACACCGCUACUGCGGUACUACUUGGGCCUUUUGCUGCGUCUGGCAAAUUCGACGACUUUAUCUCCCGCAACUCAACACUCCAGUCCAUUCUAGCAGCAGGCGUGAAGCCAUCUUUUCUACUGUGGGAGAAGGUGUAUCAGAAGCUGAGCGGUGCCGAUGAUGAGGCCUGGCUCCUGCGGGCGUCCGAGGCGACCCUCGCCCACUACAGCAAGGAGCUGCUUCCGAACGAGCAAGCUUGUGCUAUGCUUGGCAUGAUCUUCUUGCACUUGGCCAGCAUCAGCCAGCACCCGCAAGUACGCCGGGCGACACUCGCUUCCUUGGAAGCGAACGCGGCGAAGCUGCCUGAAGUCGUCAACCGCAUCGCUACAGCUGCGCUCUCGGCGUACCUAUCUAAGGACAAGAAUUCGACGACACAGAGCAGUGUGGAUGAGAAUGAUGUACCCAGCCGUCUGGGCGGUCGUCUAGCAACAUUUUGUCUGGCUUCUGUCACGUCAAGCGAAUCCUGCGACGAGCAGAUACGCAAAUCAGCCCUCCUGAGGUUUGUGGUGCCCGCACAUUAUCCAGCCAUAGGCGGCACUUCUCGACAACUAUGGAUUGAACUCUGCCAGAAGUCUCGCAUCGACCCGCACGAUCUAGUCGUUGAGCGACUAGACGAGAUUCUUCGCGACACCCUCACUAUAUCAGAGACACAGUUGAAGUCCGGCGAAGACUAUACAAGCGCAAGCUACUACGCGAUAACCACUGUCACAUUCGUCGCGCCGGAGGCUGUGCUUCCUCGUGUCGUCGAACAACUGAAUGGUGAUUUGGACGUCAAUGAACUCAACUCGUUGAGCGAGACCGAUCUAGCGAUUUGGUCGACCCCCGAGGGCCAGACCUAUGUCGAUGUGUUGUCGCUAAAGAAGACGGAAGAGCCAGUAAAGAAGGGCAAGGGGUAUAAGGAUGCACAGUGGGAGGCCGAAGUCCGGAGGUCUCUUGCGAGCAAGAAGGCGUCCCUGUCCUCUACCUUGACCAAGCAGGAUCAAGCACUGGUCGAAGCGCAGCUCGAGAAGGAGAAAAGGAUCAGGCAGCGAGUGGCCGGCGUCAAAAUUAAGCUCGAGCGAGGUUUGGAGCUGGUACACAGUGUCAGCGCCGCUGCAGUGAGCGAGCUACGCUCGUAUCUCUCUUAUAUCUCCGAUGCCCUGCUGCGGAGCUUCACGGGAACAGCAGUACGCCUGGUCGGCCAUGCACUCUUUGAGCGUUACUUGGAAUUGGCUCAAGCGUGUUCGGAGAGACUUGAGAUUUAUCGCAGCCAGAUUGGAGUUGCGACGCUACGAAGUCUGGGUGUUGAGGGCGUGCCUGACGACUUUCAGCUGGAGCCACUCAACUCACUUGUGAUCCGCGUCCUCUACAGACUGCGCACCCUGUCCGAGCAGAGUCCAUUCGAUGCGGCCACGUUCUCUUACGCAUCACCACUGUUGAACGCUGUUUUGACGAAGGGUGGUGUCGCUUUGGCAGAAGAUGAUGACCCCCUGGAACAGGUGACGCUUGCAGUGGAUAUUGUCAAAUUUCAUGCCGGGGAACUUUCUGAUCCAGCAUACCCUCGCCGCCGGACAUGCGAAGAUCUGUUGUAUGUCAUCAAGAAUCAACCGAAACUUGCCAAGGAUGCGGCAUCCGCUUUGAUUGACAUCGGUCAAUCUAUGCACUCAACUGCGACACUUGAGGAGAUCCAGGCACUACUACGUGGUACUCUUCAGCAAGAAGUCUAUGUACGGAACGCAUGCCUGCAAACACUCCAGCCCUUCGAUCUCACUGAUCUCGACUGGUCUCCUGAGAUAUGGAUUGCGUGUCACGAUGACGACGAGCAGAACGCUCGUUUGGCUCGUCACAUCUGGGAAGACAACGGAAUGGACGUACCGAAGAAGUUUGUAGGAGUCAUGUUGACGUUCCUUGAACAUGAAAUUGCUUAUGUCCGGGGAGGCGCUGCUGCUGCGCUAGCUGAAGCCGUUAUCGAGCAAUGGCCGCAGAUGAUCAGCGAGGUGCUUAACGCUCUGCAGGAUUUCUACCGGGAAAAGGCCAAAGUCCUAGCCCCCGAAUUCGACGAAUAUGGGAUGGUCAUCGCUCGGAGCCUUGACCGUACCGACCCGUGGCCUACACGCAUUGCAAUAGCGCGCGCGUUCGAGUUGCUUGCACCUGCUUUUGGUGGCGAAGACGUCGAACCCUUCUUCAAGUUCCUGAUCCAAGGCGAAGCACUUGGUGACCGCCACGCCGAUGUUCGCAGAUGCAUGUUGAAUGCCGGCACAACUGUCAUCGACUUGCAUGGCAAAGCACAUCUGCCCGGACUCAUUGCGAUGUUCGAAGCCCAGCUCUCCGGUAGCACGCCAGCCACAGAAGCCGCAGACCAGAUCAAGGAAGCCACAGUCAUCCUCUUCGGUCGCGUUGCUCGACACCUAGACCCCUCGGAUAAGCGCAUACCUCAAAUCGUCGAACGGCUGAUUGAAGCGUUGAAGACACCUGCGGAGCAGGUGCAGAUCGCUGUAUCAGACUGUCUUGCACCACUGGUGAACGUCAUGCAAUCGCCCGUUUCCGAUCUCGUGGAUCGCUUAUUGCACGAGUUGUUCGACGCGCCGAAGUAUGCAGCUCGACGAGGGGCUGCCUACGGGAUCGCCGGUGUCGUGCAAGGAGCAGGAAUCGCUGCAAUGAAGGAGUACAACAUCCUCGAGCGCCUCAAGAGUGCUACUGAAGACAAGAAGCGGUAUGAAGCACGCCAAGGUGCUAUGUUUGCUUUGGAGACACUUUCCUCCACACUAGGCCGGCUCUUCGAACCGUAUAUCAUCCACAUACUACCAGUGCUUCUGUCUUCCUUCGGCGACACGACACCCGACGUCCGGGAGGCCACCCACGACGCAGCCAGAGUGAUCAUGGCUCACAUGUCUGGCUAUGGCGUUAAGACCAUCCUCCCUGACCUGUUGUCUGGGCUUGACGAAAAGCAGUGGCGCACGAAGAAAGGAUCUAUCGAGCUGCUCGGUAUGAUAGCCUACUGUGCUCCGAAGCAGCUCUCGCAGUCAUUGCCUAUUGUCAUCCCUCGCUUGACGGAUGUCCUUACGGACUCCCACGCGCAAGUGCGCGCGGCUUCGAACAAGAGCUUGAAACAGUUCGGAGAGGUUAUCAGUAACCCCGAGAUCCAGUCUCUCGUUCCUGUCUUCCUCAAAGCCAUGGUCGAUCCCUCGAAGACCCCCAACGCUCUUUCUUCACUACUGAAGACGUCGUUCUUGCAUUAUAUCGAUCAUUCUUCUUUGGCGCUAGUGGUCCCGAUCAUAGAGAGAGGACUACGGGAGCGCAGCGCAGAUACGAAGAGGAAAGCAGCCCAGAUCGUGGGCAAUCUAGCUUCACUUACCGACUCGAAGGAUUUCGUUCCAUACUUGGGACAACUGCUACCCAUGGUUCACGUCGUCCUUGUCGACCCAGUUCCGGAAGCUAGAGCCACUGCGGCCAAGUCACUAGGCACGCUGGUUGAGCGACUCGGUGAAGUCCACUUCCCUGACCUAGUUCCCGGGUUACUACGGACUCUCAAGACCGAUACGUCGGGUGUUGACAGGCAAGGAGCCGCUCAGGGUCUCAGUGAGGUCCUCGCGGGACUGGGUAUGGAACGAAUGGAAGGUUUGCUUCCAGACAUCAUCGUAAAUGCGCAAUCGCCGCGCAGCACUGUCCGGGAAGGCUUCAUGUCCCUCCUUGUCUUCCUUCCAGCAACGUUUGGUACUCGAUUUCAGCCUCAUCUGCCGAAGAUCAUCCCUCCUAUUCUGGGUGGUUUGUCGGAUUCCGAGGAUUACGUUCGUGAUGCAGCAAUGCGUGCAGGUCGGAUGAUUGUCACGAACUAUUCUACAAGAGCCAUCGAUCUACUAUUGCCGGAGCUCGAGCGUGGAAUGUUCGAUUCUGGUUGGCGCAUCAGGCAAUCAUCGAUCACUCUUGUGGGAGAACUACUCUUCAAGGUCUCCGGUAUCAGUGGUAAGGCCGAGAUUGAGGAGGAGGAGGAAGUAGCUGAUACCGCUAUGGCUGAGUCUUCACGCCGUGCGCUUGUGGAGGUCCUCGGUGCUGAGCGCAGAGACCGGAUAUUGUCUGCUCUGUACCUCGCUCGUCAGGAUGCGGUAAGCGUUGUUCGGCAAUCGUCGAUCCACAUCUGGAAGGCUCUGGUGCACAAUACUCCAAGAACAGUGCGGGAGAUUCUUCCUGAACUCAUCAACCAGAUCAUUCCGCUGCUUGCGGGUCCGGAGAUCGACCAGCAGGAGACAGCGGCACGAACAGUCGCGGAGCUAUGUCGCAAGUCUGGCGAGAAGAUUCUGGGCGAGGUUGUCUCUAUCUUGAAAUCGAAGUCUACGUCGACCGAUCCGAAGACACGGGAAGGAGUUUGCCUGACUCUCUGUGAGCUGAUGGAGAGUACGACCGAUGGUCAACGGGAAGGCCACGAAGACGAAAUCAUAUCGAUGGUCCGUGCUGCCCUUGUUGAUGACGAAGCGAAUGUCCGGGCGGCCGCCGCGAAGGCCUUCGAUAUUCUACAGGAGCACAUCGGGGCGAAGGCGAUUGAUGAAACUAUCCCAACACUGCUAGAAGCCUUGCGGCAACCUGGCCAGAGCUCGGGAACGGCUCUUCAAGCCCUCCGAGAGGUUAUGGCAGUUCGCGCCUCAACUGUCUUCCCUGUCUUGAUUCCGACAUUGACGGCCAUCCCGAUGACGAUAUUCAAUGCCCGAGCAUUGGCAGCCCUCGUAACUGUUGCUGGCACAGCUUUGAGCAAACGUUUGACCGCCAUCCUCAAUGCACUCUCGAAGAUGAGAGAAAGUCCGGAGCUCAGUGAACAAGAAGAAUUAAGAGACGCGGUCAAUGAAGCUACGCGUGCCCUUCUCGCUUCGAUCUGUGACGCCGAAGGCCUGAACACUUUGAUGUUAUUGCUGCUAGGAUGGGCCAAACAUGAAUCGGUUCAACGUCGCGUCACUGCUUGCCAACUGUUCGCGAUAUUCUGCGAGGAGUCUGAACUAGAUUCUUCCCUCUACCGCGUCGAUUGGGUCCGACAGCUGGUGUCCCUGCUCGACGACAAUGAAGUCGUGGUGCAUACGGCGGCGUUACAAACGCUUGGUGUAUUCGUCAAAUCUGUUCCCAAGGAUGAGCUGGAGCCGCUCGUCGUCCCGCUACGGCGCACUAUCGACGGCACCGGCGCUCCUGGUAGACACGUACCUGGAUUCAGCCUGCCGAAGGGUGUUGCGCCGACUGUCCCUAUCAUUAUCGCCGGUCUCACCACCGGAAGCAACGAACAGCGAGAACAGGCAGCAUACGCUAUUGGCGACCUUGUCGAACGCACGGAAGAGAGCGCUAUCAAACCGUUUGUCGUGUCGUUCACUGGCCCGCUCAUCCGGGUCGCAACGCAAGCCACGACAUAUCCCCCUGGUGUCAAGGUCGCGAUCCUCUCCGCUCUCAGCAUUAUGCUCGAGCGUAUCCCGGGUUUCGUCAAGCCUUUCUUCCCUCAGCUACAGCGAACAUUUGUCAAGAGCGCCAGCGAUCCCGCGAGCCUCGCCGUUCGCAACAAAGCUGCAGAAGGUCUGGGCAUGCUCAUGCGCAGUCAGCCCCGUGUCGAUCCAGUCAUUACGGAACUGAUCACUGGUGCGAAGAGCAAUGAGGACACGAUUGCAAGCAGUCUCGUCUUUGCUCUCGCUCGAGUGGUCAGGAAUGCGGGGUCUAAUGUAGGAGAAAAAGCAAGAGAGACGUGUGCUGAGCUUGUGGCUGAUGCGUUCAAGGAAACACAUGAAGUUGCUGAAUGUGCUCCAGAGUCAUAUAGGCAGGCCGUUGCUGCACUGUCACAUUUGGCCGCUGGCACACCACCCUCUACACUCUCUUCCGGAUGUAUAUUGGCUGUCGUUGUCCCUGAUGAGGAUGAGCACUUGCACAGGGAUCAACAAAAUGUCUUCCAAGCACUCGGCCUCAUGCGCAGCGUCACUCAAAAGGUACUGGAGAGCAUAUCCAGUGACAGGCCAUCUGUCGCUCGACCUGCGCGGGAAGCAAGAGAGGCAAUAAAAUCACUAGAUGACGAUUCCCUGCAGGGCUUGUUCUAGCAUAUCUUCCCAAAAUCAUCGGGUCUCGGACACUCUACCUACAUGACAAUCACGCACGCAUGACUGUAACGCAAUGGAUUAACAAGUUACCGAUACUAGUCGUCAACCGAUGUACGCUCUAUCCCUGUCGUACUCUACUUUCAAAGCUUUCUACGCUCUGUUCACAGGCUCCUUUCUAUCCGUAUCAUUUGAGCACAACACACCCAUCUCGACGUCCUGCCCCUGCCCCACUGGCACUACAUCCAUCUUCUCGGCCGCCUUCUCGUCGGCACGCGCCUCCGCCUGCAAACGGACCUCGUCCCCCCUCGUAAGUUCCUUGUGCCGGAUCAUGAAUAUACUCGCAAGUGUCGCUGUCGCUGCGAGGCAUGCGUUCAUGAUGAAGAGCGUGCGGAAGCCGCGCGUGUAGCCAUCGAGGAUGGUGAUGGCCAUCC